GCUACGCCCUGAAGGAUUCAGAAAUGGAUUCUGUUGUUUUUUGUUCUCUGGAUUCUCUGGAGUUUUUGUUUGUGUGUGUGUGUGUGUUUUUUUUUAUCCACUUUUAAUACUUCCGCGUUUAAUAUUGUGGGAUCGAACUUUCUUCUGCGCUGCAUCACCUGAUGUUUGCUUUAAGCUGUGACUGUGUGACAGCGUGAGUGACGAAGGUGGAGUAAAAAAAAAGGAAAAAAAAAAUCCUCGGAGGAAAAACUGCGCGCGCGACACAUUAAAGAUAAACUGUGGGAUCAUGCAGAGGCCAGAGGUCGGACCACAUGUGGAUGCAUCAGACAUGGAGGCCGUGCUUCCAGAGACACUGAAUCGCGUCCAGGACUUCCUCAAACCAUUCUUCUUGUCUCUGGAGAAGCUGGAAGACAUUUCUUCCAGGCUAAAGCAGGCCCUAAUCCAGGGCUUGGGGAAACACACUCACCACCGGGCGCCUGUCAAGAUGCUACCCACCUUUGUCAGGGCAACACCUGAUGGCACAGAGAAAGGUGACUUCCUGACGCUGGAUCUCGGUGGGACAAACUUCCGAGUACUUCAUGUCCGUUUGAUGGAGGACGAGCAGAAGGUUGUAAAGAUGGGCAGUAAGAUCUGUGCCAUCCCACAAACGAUGAUGGAGGGUCCAGGAGAAGAGCUUUUCAACCACAUUGCAACCUGUCUUGGUGAUUUCCUCGACACUCACAACCUGAGUGGGCAAACUCUUCCUCUGGGCUUCACCUUCUCCUUCCCCUGUGAGCAGAAAGAAAUCGGCAAGAGCAUCCUGCUCCGCUGGACCAAAGGCUUCAACUGCUCCGGUGUGGAAGGAAACGACGUGGUGCAAUUACUGAGAGAUGCCAUCCACCGAAAGGGGGACUUUGACAUCGGUCCGGUUGCCAUGGUGAACGACACUGUUGGUAUAAUGAUGAGCUGUGGCUACAUCGACCAGAACUGUGAGAUCGGAAUGAUCAUUGGUACAGGAACCAACGCCUGCUAUAUGGAGGAGAUACGGAACGUGAAGCGCGUGGAGGGUGAGGACGGGCGGAUGUGCAUUAACACCGAGUGGGGCGGCUUCGGAGACGACGGCUCGCUGAAAGACAUCAAGACGGAGUUUGACGUGGUGGUGGACAAAACAUCCAUCAAUCCUGGAGUCCACACGUUUGAGAAGAUGAUCAGCGGGAUGUAUAUGGGCGAGAUCGUUCGACUGCUGCUUGUGAAGCUGACGGAGCAGAAUCUGCUGUUUCAGGGACAAACGUCAAAGUGUCUGUUAACACCAGGAAGCUUCCAGACCAGUUUCAUCUCCGAGAUAGAAGAGCAGGUGGACGUGCUGAAAAACACCCAGAACAUCCUCACUAAGUUGGGUCUGAAGUGGGAUCUGUCAGACUGUCGCCUGGUGCGUUUGGUCUGUGACACUGUAUCGUCACGCGCCGCCCGCCUCUGUGCCACCGCCCUGGCAACCAUUGCCAACCGUAUCCGUACCAACCGGGGUCUGGAUCACUUAAAGACCACUGUGGGUGUGGAUGGGUCCGUCUACAGAAAACAUCCCAGCUUCAGUGCAGAGCUCCAGGAGAUGGUGCGUCUCCUUGCCCCCAACUGUGACAUCACCUUCCUCGUCUCGGAGGAUGGCAGCGGGAAGGGUGCCGCCAUGGUGACCGCUGUGACGCAGCGGAUCAGUAUGCAGUCUCACCUGUUAGAUGACAGUGAUAGUGAUGACGAGGAGGACGAGGAGCAGCAAACCACCUCUUAAUGAUGUCCACAAACCCUUUAGCUAGAAUGCACAGCACUCUGAGAAGAAAAUAUCUCAAAACGGGAAUGCAAUAUUUGGGUUGGGUUUUUGUUUGUUUUUUAACGUGGAUACAAACUACCCUGUCUAGAAGGAUAAAGUUCUUUGUGAUGUAAUAGAUGAUCAGCCAUCUGCAAGGAGAAAGUUCUUUGUGAUGUAGUUUGUAUCUUUCAGUAAUCAGUGUGGUUCCAAUUUAAUGUUUGGUGGGUGUGCUCCUUUUGCAUUUUUCCAGACCCACAGCAUCCGGACGUUUGACAGACUGAACCCUGGCGGACACAGAGCAUGUGUACCUGCCGCCGAGCCGGCGUUGUUAUACAGUGUCACAGAGUUGGUCGUCAGACUCACAAAUCAAAUAAUUCUAUGUGUAUUUCCCUCACAAUGCAAACAACAUCCUGCAAAAAUGAGCUGUCAGGUACUUUUUAAAUUUUAACUGCUGCAGUAAACUUUGUCACAACAAACAUUUCCUUCUACUGGCCAACAUGCAGUGACCUGAGUGCAUGGGGCCCAAAUCACAUGAAGCCAGGGGUGCCAAAAAGGGGAGAAUAGGGGAGAAGGAUUCUAGGGCCCCAUAAGUGACAGGGGCCCAGAGAGGCCUCUAAUACAAUUAUAAUACUAACAAAAUAAUAUGGGGUCCAAAAUCCCCUGCAUGAAGCACCACAAUUUUUCUCCAUAUUUUUUUUAUAUAUAUUAAAGCAAAAUUUUAAAAUCAUGUACAAUUUUUACACUUUUUUGUGGCCUUCCACAAAAAAAAAAAGAAAAGAAA